AUGGCGAUAUCGCCGGAGGAGAUUCUUCACAUUGCCUACGAGGAACUGGUUGAGAUAGAACCGAUGACAUCAAUACCAGAGCUGCGUCUCUUGGAGAGGACCUAUCCUCCUCUGAUGCCACUGGACAUAGCAAGAAUUCCCCUGUAUGCAGCCUUGCUCCUGAAGAAGUCGAAUAUGUGCAAGAUAAGGCUUCCUUCGUAUCUGCAGCUGGAAAGUCUUAAGAUGUCCAUGGAUGUGGAGAUAGAGAAAGCCGAUGAGUACUCGUGUAUCCAUCCAUACUUCUUUCCUCUUGCAACAGAGCUUCUGGAAAACUGCUACAACGUCGAGAGCAUAGAGGAAAGCAAGAUGAUUGUGGAGAAGAUCAAGGAGAUAAGGCUUGCAAAGACGCUCAAGGGCAUCAAAUGCUUGGAUGGGAAGGCCUUGAACAUGAACAACAUAACGCUAUUUGAGUUCAAUGAAAUUAAGGAGCUUAUUCUCGGGUCUGCAGAAGUCGGAAGGAGAAUUGAGGAUCUGGCAAAAGACCAAUAG